UACGAAUCGCUAUUAUGAAUGCUCUAAAGCAAGAGAAGGUUAUUUGCCAAUAGCCAUCUUCAAAUAUAAACGGAUUGCUUGUUUAAUAAUUGGCGAAAACAAACCAUCAUUAUAACAUAGGAACGCUUGGAUUUUAUUGAAAGGUCUCACGCAUUACAAUUUCAAUUAGAAGCCACUUUGUUUUUUUUUUAGGGGAAUUAACAGCGAGGUUUUUAGGAAAAGGCUGCUGAAUUAAGAAGCAAUUAAGGAAUUGAUUAUGUUUGCUUUAAAAAGUUUACGUUUUUCACUCCCAAGAAGCUCCUUACAAACAGGUAAAUUUGGUCCGAGACUUUUGCGACGCAAUGCGUUUCCUCUAGCCUUUCAAAUGCCCUCAUCGCGGAGUAUAUGGAUAAGAUCAGAAGAAACGCCGAAUGAGAAUGCCAUCAAGUUUUUACCUGGACUCGAUAUACUUCCUCCCACUAUUGGCACUUUAGAAUAUAUAAGAAGCCAAGAAAUCAAUAACUCCCCUCUUGCGGAAAAGCUAUUCGAGAUACAUGGAGUGAAAAGCAUAUUUUUUGGAAAAGAUUUUAUUACAGUUUCCAAAGAUGAAUCUCAAUCUUGGUCACAAUUAAAGCCAGAUGUUUUUAGCACCAUCAUGGAGUACCUGAGCAAUGGAAACCCUGUAUUGUCGGGUGAACCAUUGAAUGGUCCUACCGACACGCAAAUUUUGGAAUCUGAUUCACAAACCGUUGCUAUGAUUAAAGAGCUUCUUGAAACAAGUAUUCGACCAUCGAUUCAGGAAGAUGGUGGCGAUGUGGAAUUUCGAGGAUUUGAUGAAAAGACGGGCACAGUCUCUUUAAAACUACGCGGUGCUUGUCGCUCAUGUUCUUCGUCCGCGGUCACUCUAAAAAGUGGCAUUCAGCAAAUGCUGAAUCACUAUAUCCCAGAAGUACAAGAAGUUAAUCAGGUCUUGGACCCUGAAGAAGAAAUUGCGAUAUCUGAAUUUGAAAAAUUCGAGAGCCGGAUUCAUCAAAAUCAGCAAAAAGAAGAAAAUUAAAGGAAUCAUUUGCUAAGGCAUGCAUUUGACAAUAUUGAAUAUGAUUUACAAAGCAAACCAAAAAGAAUUAAAUAGAUUAUGAUUAAUGAAUUAAUUUUUAC